GUUUUUUCAAAACCCAUUUCAGCGCUCCAAACCAUUCCCAACCCUUGCUCUGCAAUCUUCGAGACCGACGCUCUCCUUGCUUCAAUCAUCAUCUGGACAGGGUACCAUCGUCUCCAUCAUCAACCCCAUUCUCCCCAUUCAUUGCAUUGAACCUAGAGUGAGAAUGAAGAACAGAAAGAGGUCUCGAGCUAGUGAGGAUGCGGGGCCUACAGAGGAUAGACACCGGCUAUUACAUGCUUCUAGCCGGCGCGGCGAUCAUGCUGCGACCUCUCACGCGGUUGAGGCUUCAGCUCCAGCUCCAGUUGAUUCUAUGCAGUCGCCCAUGGUAGAGGCUUCAGCUCCAGCUCCAGUUGAGCCUACUGAUCGAGUUCCUACUCCGCCGUCUCCCAUGGUUGAGGUACCUCGCCAUGAGUCACCAGGCGAGGAGUCAUCAGGCGAGUCGUCAUCCGGCGAUGAGUCAUCCGGCGAUGAGUCAUCCGACGAGGAGUCAUCCGGCGAGGAGGGGUCAUAUGACGAGGAUAGUAUUCCUCCUCCUGAUGUUGAUGCUGAUGUCGUGCCAGAGGCACAGGGUGGCGAGGAGGACCUGAUCCAGAGGUUGCCGCCGUUUCCGGGGGGGCCUGUUGAUCUGUCGCUUCUCACGCAUUAUGCUGAUCACAAGGCUCCCUGGACGUGGCAUGCACUCCUACGCACAGACGAGCGGUAUGUGGACCGUCGACACUUGAGGGUGGCCACAGCUGGGGGGAAGGUUUGGAACCUUGCUUGUGAUGGUGAUUCAGACAGUCACAGGAGGGUUCGAGAGUUGAUUGAGCAGACGGGUCUUCAUCAGCUACCCUGGUGCAGCUACUCGGAGACAGAUGCAGGCCUCAUUUUGGCCCUUGUGGAGCGAUGGCAUGAGGAGACUAGUAGCUUCCACAUGCCGUUUGGGGAGAUGACCAUCACCCUGGACGACGUGUCGGCUCUUCUCCAUCUCCCAAUGGGGUCGAGGUUCUAUACGCCUGGGAGGGGGGAGAGGGACGAGUGUGCAGCGCUAUGUGCUGAGUUGAUGGGAGGAUCUGUUGCUCGUUAUCAUGCUGAGUUUGAUAAGAACAGGAGCCAGACUAUUCGCUUUGGGGUCUUGCAGACCCUGUAUGAUGCUGCGUUGGAGGAGCACCGAUAUGAGGACGCUGCACGGAUUUGGCUGGUGAACCAGCUAGGCGCGACGCUCUUUGCUAGCAAGAGCGGUGGAUACCACACGACCGUCUACUGGAUAGGUAUGUUGCAGGAUCUCGGUCGAGUGUCCGAGUACGCGUGGGGCGCAAUUGCGCUCGCUACGUUGUACGACCAGCUUGAUCGAGCGUCCAGGAGGGGGACGGCCCAGAUGGGAGGUUUCAGCUCACUCUUGCUAGGAUGGGCCUACGAGUACCUUUCUGAUCGCGUCAUUAUCCGGAGGGCGGAUCCGGAGUACUCACAGGACCAGCCUAGGGCGCGGCGGUGGGUUAUGUCCCGGGUCGGGCAUGCAGGCCUCGAUGAGAGGCGAGUCAUGCUCGAUGAGCUGACGGUGGAUGACAUUAUAUGGACCCCAUUUGAGGACCAUCGGGCUCAUCGACCACGGGAUCAGAGGGCCAUGUAUUCUGGCUACAUCCGGACGCCAUUUGGCCGUGUUGUUCGACGACAUCUACCAGAGAGGGUUCUGCGCCAGUUUGGCUACAUCCAGGAUGUCCCUCGACACCCCUCCGAGAUCCAGACGACUGGGUCCCUUGCUGAGACCGCAGAUGCUGCCUAUGCUGAUUUUGUGCCGCACCUGCGCCCUCAGGGGAUCCCUGUUACUCAUUCGGGAGAGGCUGUGGAGGAGUACAUGAGGUGGUAUGGCGGUGUGUCCCAUCGGUUCAUCAUCCCUGAUGAUAGGAGGGAGGAGUUCAGUGCUGUGACGGUUGUGCGUCGGGUCGUGGACUUGUUGGAGCAGUCACUGGAGGUGCCAGAUGCUCUUGCAGUUGGCACGCAUGCCCGAUCCCUCACUGAGAGGGCGCUGGAUCUUAUUAGAUCCAGCGCAUUCAUCGGUACCCAGGGAGUAGCCUUUGCUGCUGUCCGAGGAGCUGGAGCUGCAGGAGGCAGAGGUCGUGGAGGUAGAGCGCGUGGAGGCAGAGCCCGUGGAGGCAGAGCCCGUGGAGAGGGUGCACCUGCAGAGGGCGCUCGUGGAGGCAGAGCUCGUGGACCUAGAGGUCGGAGGGGUGGCGGUAGGGGUGGCGGUAGGGGUCGGGGCGAGUGACUGUAUAUUUGUAUAUAUUUUUUUGUGUACUUUUAUAUUAUGACAUGUGACGACAUUGUAUGGACUCUUUUUAUAUUAACCACGCUUUCUAUUUCCACC